GGUUGGUAUCUAGCUGUCAGUCACCAUGAUGAGUGAGGAGGAGAAGCGGGCGGUGCUGUACCGAUCGGUGCGGGAAUUUCCUGACUUCCCUUCCCCCGGGGUGCUGUUCAGAGAUAUCACGCCGGUCCUCAAGAACCCCGCCGCUUUCACCGCCUCCAUCGACCUGUUUGAGAGCUAUGUAAGGAAGAACUUCGCCAAAGUGGAUGUCAUUGCUGGCCUAGACUCCCGUGGCUUUCUGUUUGGCCCAGUCUUGGCACAGAGAUUGGAAAUUGGCUUUGUGUUAAUUCGGAAAAAGGGAAAAUUGCCGGGUCCAACAGAGUCCUUGUCUUACUCCCUGGAAUACGGGAAGGCAGAGCUUGAGAUUCAGUCGGAUGCUGUGGAUCCCGGACAGAAAGUUGUGAUUAUUGAUGACCUUCUGGCAACAGGAGGUACCAUGAAAGCGGCAUGUGAACUCCUACAGCGGAAAAACGCCGAGAUCCUGAGUUGCUUGGUGCUGAUUGAGCUGACGUCAUUGAAAGGGGCAGAGAAGCUACAACCACACUGCGUCCACUCCCUGCUUCAGUAUGACUGACCACAAACUAAAUGAGGUUCCUGGCGUUAUGCUGACUUCAUGGCUGGCUGCAAAAGUUCAGUGCCUUCUACAGAUCAAAAUGUACUUCUCGGUAUACAAUUGAUGCCGGGAAAUGUGCACUUUUUAAAAUAGAUGCAUG